AUGGAGCUUCAAUUAGAUUCCAUGGCCGCUUCCAUUGGUGUUUCCGUCGCCGUUCUCCGUUUCCUCCUCUGCUUCGUCGCCACCAUUCCUUUUAGCUUCUUCUGGCGCUUCGUUCCCGGUCGUUUACCGAAACACUUCUACUCCGCCGCCGUUGGUGUUUUUCUCUCUUAUCUCUCUUUUGGAUUCUCUUCCAAUCUCCACUUUCUUGUACCUAUGUUUCUCGGUUACGCUUCCAUGGUUGUUUAUCGGCCUCGAUGUGGUAUCAUCACUUUCUUUUUCGGAUUCGGUUACCUCAUUGGCUGCCAUGUGUAUUACAUGAGUGGUGAUGCAUGGAAGGAAGGUGGCAUCGAUGCCACUGGGGCUUUGAUGGUUUUGACACUGAAGGUUAUUUCAUGUUCUAUUAAUUAUAAUGAUGGAAUAUUGAAAGAAGAAGGUUUGCGUGACGCUCAGAAGAAAAACCGGUUGAUUGAAUUGCCUUCUGUUGUUGAGUAUAUUGGUUUCUGUUUAUGUUGUGGAAGUCACUUUGCUGGUCCUGUUUUUGAAAUGAAGGAUUAUCUUGAUUGGACCGAAGGAAAAGGGAUAUGGAAAUUUGAAGCGAAAGGACCAAAACCACCAUCACCUUACGGGGCGACAAUUCGAGCUCUACUUCAAGCUGGUUUUUGCAUGGGAUUGUACCUAAACCUUGUGCCUUAUUUUCCUCUGUCUAAGUUUACCGAUCCUUCGUAUCAUGAAUGGGGUUUCUGGAAAAAGUUGGGUUACCAGUAUAUGUCUGGCCAAACAGCACGCUGGAAAUAUUAUUUCAUUUGGUCGAUUUCAGAAGCUUCUAUUAUCAUUUCCGGCCUUGGUUUCAGUGGCUGGACUGAUUCCUCUCCACCAAAGCCGCGCUGGGACCGAGCUAAAAAUGUUGAUAUUUUAGGUGUUGAGCUUGCAAAGAGUGCAGUUGUAAUUCCAGCUGUGUGGAAUAUUCAAGUCAGCACCUGGCUUCGCCAUUACGUUUAUGAAAGGCUUAUCCAGAGUGGGAAGAAGCCAGGUUUUCUUCAAUUACUUGCCACACAGACCGUUAGUGCUAUUUGGCAUGGACUGUAUCCUGGAUACAUUAUAUUCUUUGUUCAGUCAGCAUUGAUGAUUGCCGGUUCCAGAGUCAUUUAUAGAUGGCAGCAAGCCGCGCCUUCAACAAUUAAGAAUAUCUUGGUGUUCAGUAAUUUUGCUUUCACGAUUUUGGUUCUAAGUUAUUCAUGCGUUGGUUUCAUGGUAUUAAGUCUGCAUGAAACUCUUGCCUCAUACGGAAGUGUGUAUUUUAUUGGAACCGCUCUUCCGGUUGUUAUCAUCCUUCUCGGCAAAGUAAUCAAACCUGGAAAGCCUGCCAGAUCGAAACCUCGAAAAGAAGAGUGA